GUAUUUUGGUUGUCAGUCAUUUCAGGUUUCAACAACGGCAACCUGAUUGGACACCCGUUUACGCAUGCGUAGUGUAGUGUAGCUGAACCGGACGUGGAAUAAAUAAAAGAUCCGCUUUAACCGUCGGAUCGAAUCGGAUUUUUUUCGCGUCUAAGUCAUUUUAAUCGAUGUCAGUGUAGGGUUCUUUGCCUUAACGACCCGAGUUCACGACAACUUUUUACUUGCUCGUAGAAAAGCAGAUGGAGGAAGUCGAGGGCUUUACUUUGAAAUCGACCACCGGAAAUGUCAACUUUCGUACUAGACAACAGCUGAAACUCACGAAACAGCGAUUAACUUUUGUUACUUUCAGCAAACGUUGUGUCAAUUAGGCACGGUGACAUCGAAUGCAUUAAAAAAAAAGAAAACCUCUAUUAGCGGGCAGUUUGACCGCUCUAUGCACGAUGUGAUUUCACUGUGUGGCCUGUGACUCCACCUCCGCAUUCCAGGUCGUCUGGUCGGUGAGGAAGAGGAGGAGAGCCAAGGAAGGCGAGAGAGAGAAAAGCAGCUGGUGAGUGUGGAUGUUGAGAUGAAGGGAAGAUGAUCGACAAACACUUGGACGCUCGUUCUUGAUUAGGCCACGCACAGACUCGGUCCUGCUCGCUUCGUCGACUUCCUUCCCUACAAAGCAAGUUGUGAACUUUUUGCAAACUUUUUUUGUUGUCGGAGGAGGAGGAGGAGGCCACCCGGGUCGGCGUCAUGGAGAUCCUGGACUCGAGUGAAAGCUUCCUGCACUGGGACCGCAACCUCAGCGAGCUGUCCGAAGCCGGAGACAUGGACUGCGCCCUCUACACAAACCACUUCUCGGAGCUUCUGGAUGACCUCUCCCACGACGCUCUGCUGGGACAGCUGCUGAGCGACCCCUUCCUGUCGGGGGUGCAAGGCGGCGCCAGAGGCCUGGGGGGCGACGACGAGGAUGGCGAAGACGGCGGCGACCUGUGCCCGUCCUCGUCACCGCCGCCGCACAUCGCCGCCGAGCACAGCUACUCGCUCUGCGGCGACAGUCGGCCGCAGUCGCCGCUUUCGCACCUCACCGGGGAGCGCGGCAGCGACCCAGAAUCCGAAGGCGACUCGUCCGAGUGGCCCAUGGAGCAGGACGACGGAAUGGAGGGUCUCCUGUGCGACGCGCCGUCCCUCCUGCCCGCCCUGGCGCUCGCCCCGGGGACCGCCGAAGACCGCCCCGCCGCCAAAAACGUCAAGGUCAAAGAGGAGAAGGUCUUCCCCCAGAUUAAACUGGAAGCGCACCAAGUGGAUCAGUUCCUGAAUCUGUCUCCCAAAGGUCUCGAGGCACUGCAGAUGCCCCCCACCCCGCCCAGCUCGCACGGCAGUGACUCGGAGGGCAGCCAGAGCCCCGCGCGCGCCCCGCCGGGCCUGUCCCGCCCCACCUCGCCCGGCAGCCCCGAGCCGGCGCGGCCCGCCCUCAAGGCGUCGCCCCGCGGGAGCGCUUCCUCCUCGCUGUCCAACUCGCCUCUGCUCACCGCCGCCCACAAACUUCAGGGCUCGGGACCGCUGAUGCUGACGGAGGAAGAGCGCCGCACGCUGGUGGCCGAAGGCUACCCGGUGCCCACCAAGCUGCCGCUCACCAAAGCCGAGGAGAAGGCGCUCAAGAAGAUCCGCAGGAAAAUCAAAAAUAAGAUUUCUGCUCAGGAGAGUCGCAGGAAGAAGAAGGAGUACAUGGACACCUUGGAGAAGAAGGUGGAGACAUGCUCCAACGAAAACAACGACCUGAGGAGGAAAAUGGACACGCUGGAGUGCACGAACAAGUCUCUGCUGCAGCAGCUGCAGGCCCUGCAGGCUUUGCUGUCCGGAAAAGUGUCCAAGUCGUGCCGUGUGGUGGGCACGCAGACGUCAUCGUGCCUCAUGGUGGUGGUGUUGUGUUUCGCUCUCUUUUUGGGAAGUUUCUACCCAGCCGGCCCGGUCCCCAACCCCGGCGGCGUCGCCGCCACCGGCCGGGCCUCCGGGGGGCUGGCGGUCAAAGAGUCGUACGCCGCCACGGUCAAGUCCAGAAGUCUGCUGUCCACCUUUGAGGACGAGCCGCCGCAUCUGCUGGGCCUCGGCGGCGAGUACCCCGACCGUUGGGAGGACGCGGACGCCGCCGUGGUCAUGGCGGCGUGGCGGCGUUCCAGCGAGCAGCAAAAAAGCACAGCCGCCGCCGCCGCUGCCGUGGCGGAGGAGACAGGCCAGGCGGAGACGUUCCCGCCUUUCCGCAGUCAAAACAACAAAACUAGCACGUCAAACGGCAUCCACAGGCCUCUGGAGCAGAGGGCGAAAAGCAUCGCAUUGGAGCGAAGCGUCAACGAGACCUCCUGAGAGUCGAUUUCCCCCCCCCCCCCC